UCCUCACGGGAUGGAGAGAGCGAAUUUACUGAAGCACUACACUUUCAUUUUUUAUUCAUCCAGCGAUACACUGCCUGUUUCUCCUCAUCCCACCUCCUUCCAGCCUAUUGAGUUGAAUUUGUCAGUGAACUAGUCCUAUAUGCUCCAAUUCAUGUCCUGGCGUGGAGUUGGAUAUAGACAUGAAUCAGUGCGGGAAGCAUGUGAUAUUUAAUUCAGCCGGCUCGUUGCCUAACAUUAUCAGCACAUUUACUCGGGUACAUGUUUUUUUUUUUUUUUUUUCCCUUUCCCUGAUGGCGUUUAUCCGUUUAUUUCCCCAGCCUGACUAAUCAGGGAGCACCUCUCUACAGGGGAACUGCUGCUAACGACCCACACCAGAGCUUGCUGGAGUUGACAAACAGACGACAUGAUGCUGACGCCCUGAGCUGACGGAGCCCCGACUUCACCCUCGCUCGUCUCCGUUUCUUCUUCCACACCUGGUCUGCUCCCCCUCCAUCGCCAAGCACCAACAGCACCCGCUACCACCGCCUCCACCUCUUCCCCACCCCCCUCCUUCCCGGCCUGCCGUCACCAUGACGUCGGAGCUGGAGAGCAGCCUCACCUCCAUGGAUUGGCUUCCUCAGCUGACCAUGCAGGCGGCCAUCCGCAAAGCCGAUGCCCAGAAUGCCCAGGGGCCAGGCAUGGGCAAGAAGGGCGCCCUGCUGGAUCCUAACACCACGCUGGACCAGGAGGAGGUGCAGCAGCACAAGGACGGCAAGCCGCCCUACAGCUACGCCAGCCUUAUCACGUUUGCUAUCAACAGCUCGCCAAAGAAGAAGAUGACACUGAGUGAAAUCUACCAGUGGAUCUGUGAUAACUUUCCCUACUACAGGGAGGCGGGCAGUGGCUGGAAGAACUCAAUACGGCACAAUCUUUCAUUGAACAAGUGUUUUCUCAAAGUGCCUCGCUCCAAAGAUGACCCAGGGAAGGGCUCUUACUGGGCCAUCGAUACCAACCCAAAGGAGGACGCCUUGCCUACACGGCCGAAGAAGAGGCCGCGGUCUGGAGAGCGGGCUUCCACGCCGUACAGCCUGGAGUCAGAGUCUUUGGGGAUGGAGUGUAUGAUCUCUGGAAGUGCCUCUCCAACGCUGGCAAUCAACACUGUGACUAACAAGGUGGCGUUGUACAACACAGACCAGGAAGGGAGCGAUAGUCCAAGAAGCAGCCUUAACAACAGCCUGUCUGAUCAGAGUCUGGCCUCCGUCAAUCUCAACAGUGUGGGCAGCGUGCACAGCUACACACCGGUGACCAGUCACCCGGAGCCCGUGUCCCAGUCCAUGAGCCUCCAGCAGCCCCCGCAGUCCCAGUACAACAUGCCAGACAGGGACAAGCAGCUCCUGUUCUCAGAGUUUGAAGAUCUUAGUGCCUCCUUCCGCAGCCUUUACAAGUCUGUUUUUGAGCAGUCCUUCAGCCAACAAGGGCUGAUGGGCAUCCCGUCAGAUUCCUCCCAGCAGACCCACACCUCCUGCUCCUAUCAGCACUCCCCCAGUGGCACCAUCAGCACUCAGAACAGCCUGUCAAACAACCAACCCAACAGCCACUCCAACAGCCACUCCGCCAACAGUGGCCAGGUGCCGCUGUCCCACCCCGCCCAGGCCCACCCCGGCCACGGCUCGCCCCACGCACAGCACCUCCCGCAGCACGGCGGCCCCCACAACCAACACAACCAACACAGCCAGCACGCCCAGCACAGCCAACACAGUCAGCACCCGCAGCACCAACAGCACCCGCAGCACGCCGCGCACCCCCAGCACGGCCAGCACCCGUCCCACGGCCAGCACCCGCAGCAGCACACGCCCCACCCCUCCCACCCCUCCCAACACGCGCAGCACGGCCAGCACCCCUCCCAACACGGACAGCAGCACCAGAGCCUCUCCCACCAGCCCCAUCCUACCCAGCAACAGAUGGCCUGCAACACAGGUUUACUGUCUGACUGGUACCCAAAUCUGGAUGCACUGAAAGAAAGCUGUCGUAUUGCUAGCAGCUAUAACUGGGCUGAGGUCGACCUUUCACCUUUCCAAGGGUUGAGAGAGAGUAUGAGACAAGCGGAGUUGAACAACUGGUCUCUGGAACCCACCCAGAUCGCAGACCUCUGCUCAUCCAUCAACCAGUUCUUCGCCCGCACCGGCGUGAUCCAGCCACAGGGGGCAGUGCAGCCCCCGGUCUGCCACGGCUCCAUGCACACCAACAAACCCAGCCAGCACCUCAACACAGGAAAUCCCUACAUGGACUCCAGACAGAGCAUGUCCAUGAUGGGUCCUCCAGGAUAUCCUCACAUGCCCCCCAUGAGCAGCGCAGGACCCACCAUGACAGGACACCACGCACAGAUGAACCAGCAGCACAUGAUACCUACCAGGAACUUCCAGAUGCAUCGCAUGCCAGCCGACGACAUCCAGGAUGAUUUCGACUGGGACUCCAUCGUCUAGCUCCCCACUCAGCCCCCGACCGGACCUCCUUUCUCUCGGUUUUUCUCCUUAGAGUUUUUUUU